UUUAAAGCUGUGAGCUCAGCCGAUGAGUCAGAGCCAUGCAAUCCUGACACUGCAUCGUGGGACUGGAGGUGAGAGAGAAUCAAAAACAGGAGCUGUAGAUUUCAGCCAAGUACAGUGCAGGACUUCGCUUUGCUUGUGCACAGAAGGGGAGCUGAGUAGUGACCACUUCGUGGGAUAUUCUUGAUUGCAAGAGAACUUCCUGCUUCUUUCCUGGGAGCCUUGAGGAUCGGGUCUGGAAAACACUUUUUUGUCGUUUCUUGGGAAGUGAAACAAAAAGAGAGAGAAAGGACUCGCUCCGUUACAUAAUUCUGACAGUGUCUGCCUCAUAUUAGGACGAGGCAUUGUGAUCAGGUGGACUCCAGCAUCCUCUGAACUGCAGAGAAGAAGAGCAGAAAGAAGAAAGGGAAAGGCGCACAGAGGAAAAGGAGGUGGAGGCACUUCCAUCUGGACUUGUACGAAACUGGAACUGGAUGGGAAAGUGAACUGUUUGGUGUCUUUUCUUCCCCCAGUCUCUGAGAUGGGUGGGUUGUAAAUCUGUGUGUGUAACUGGGAAUAGACUGAACCAUGAAUCUUCAGGCUCAACAAAAGUCUUCAAACAAGAGGGCUGGGAAACGGAUUGCAUAUUUUAAUGAGCAGGAUAUAGCUGUGCCAUCGAAAGAACUGCAACAGCAGCUGAAGGAAGGACAGUACUAUGGACACGGAGGGGAAAUACCUGCUUCACAAACUAUGGAGCUUUCUAAAGCAGGGGGUUUAACUGGUGCUCCCAACAAUGUUGCCUUGAUGAACUCUGUUGUUUAUACUCAAGAUAGGGGGGAUUCCAUGAUGAUGUCUCAGCAGCUGGCUGCUGUCAAAUGGCAGAACUCAUUGAUGGGGAACAGGUUGCCUGAGAGGAUUGAUUCCAGUUGGCAGCCUUCACCUGCAGCAUGGAACCACAGUGUGGUCUAUGGGGGCAAUCAGAAAGGGGUCCACCACAAUGCCAGUGCCCCAGGUUUCUAUGGCCAUCCUGAAGCUCUGAAAAGAAGCCAGGAAAAAGAAAUGGAGGUGCAGCAGCUAGAAAUAUAUGGAGAUGCUGCUGUUCAGCAGAUGAUGGCCCAGAAGCGUCAGCUGGAACAACAAGCACUAAUCAGGCAGCAAGCGCAAAUGAAUUCGUAUCACCAGAUGCAGAAGCAGCAACAGCAGAAUCAGACUCUACCUUUACAGCCUUUCCAGCUUGCAUUCGGUCACCAAGGCCAGAAGCAAGGCCUUCCUGAAUUGUUACAUGUCUUUCAACAAGCCCCAGCUUCCUCCAACCCAGUCUUUACUACCCAGCAGAAACAACAGUCUCUUCCUCAGCUGCAACUGUUUGAAAACUUCUACCCACAACAGCAGCAACAGGCCACCACGCAAGCCUUCAACCUCCAGCAAGCUGCUUCUAUAGCACAGCCCCAUGUGGCAGCAACAGCACCCCAGCAUCAUAUGGUGGCCCACCAGUACCAGCAACCGGAGAGGAACCAGGAACUCUUGAAAGCCCUAACAGAGCAAAACCAACAGACUGUGCUACCUCAGACCCAGAUACCCUUUCCUAGGAGAUCAAGGAGACUCUCCAAGGAAGGCAUUUUGCCAUCCGCUUCUUCAGGAGAAAUAUUGGCUUCUAAACCAGUAGAGGAACAAGCUAGCAAUCUGUUCCUGCAUCACUGGCAACCACAGCAGCAAGGACUCCAGUUUCAGCAUGAGACUGAAGCUCUGGGCCACAACAAGGGUAGCUAUCCACAGCCCACGAGAACACACCUAGGACAAAAGGAGACCCUGAGUAGUAACGAGUUGAACCAGCCUGACACAGAGAGGCCGGCCACAUCCUAUAAUAGCAGAGAUGGGGAGAAGCAAGUGGCAAUGACCGAAGAAAGCACUCCGAGAACUAAUGACUUUGUGGGGGUGAGAGGUGGUGUGAUCCAGAGCACCCGAAGAAAACGGUGUGUUUCUCAAGAGGCCAACCUGCUAACUCUGGCACAAAAGGCUGUUGAGCUGGCUUCUCUUCAAAAUGACAAGGAAUUGGAUACUUCAGAAGAGAAGAAGAAUGUGGUGGCUGCAGCACCUGCAGCAGCCAAAAGUGUUUUGGAAUUUGCCAGUUCUCCACAAGCCUCCAAGAGACCCCGGGAAGAUAGCAGUCUUGUUCCUCUAAUCAUGCCUGUGUCUGUGCCAGUGAAGAAAUUCGACUUGCAAGCUAUUGGGAAGGAAAAGGGUGAGGAAGGGAAACUCCAGAGGGUGCUGGCAAAUGAUCGAGGUCUUUCUGAACGCAAACCCUCUGUGAUAGUCACCCGAAGAAGGUCCAAUCGCAGCUCCAACAUGGAAACCUCAGUCCAGCAUGAAGAUGCUGUUCCAAAGGAAGAAUCGGAGGGCUUUUCCCGGAAACCAAAGCAGCGCCCAAGACCUGAGCCACUCUUCAUACCACCGAAAGCAGGCACCUUCAUUGUCCCUCCAGUCUAUUCCAACAUCACUCCAUAUCAGAGCCACUUACGCUCACCUGUGCGCCUUGCAGAUCACCCUUCAGAUAGGAACUUUGAGCCUCCUCCUUACACACCUCCACCGAUUCUCAGCCCAGUGAGAGAAGGGUCUGGGCUGUAUUUCAAUGCUAUUCUCUCUGCUAGUGGUCUCUCAAUUCCACCUCCAAUGACCCCUAAAAGUACUCACAGAACUCUGCUGAGAUCUAAUAGUUCAGAAGUCACCCCUCCCAUCCUUUCAGUAAUGGGGGAGGCCACCCCAGUCAGCAUUGAACCGCGAAUCAACGUGGGAUCCCGGUUUCAAGCAGAAAUCCCUGUGCUCCAAGACAGAUCUUUGGCAUCAGCUGACAAGCAUAAGGCGGACGUGGUGUGGCAGCCAUGGGGGGACCUGGAAAUCAACCAAACUACUCAAGAGAAUGUGGAAAAUCUGCUAACUGCUGCCUGUUCAAGUAUUUUUCCUGGGGCUGGUACCAAUCAGGAGCUGGCGCUGCACGUCUUGCAUGAAGCAAAGGGAAACAUUCUGGCUACUUUGACCAAAUUGCUGCUGAAGAGGCCAAUGCGAUCGCCACACCACCCACUGGCAGACUAUCACUACACAGGAUCGGACAGGUGGAAAGUUGAUGAGAAGAAACUUUUCAACAAAGGCAUUGCAAUCUACAAGAAAGACUUUUUCCUGGUCCAGAAACUUAUAAAAACCAAGACGGUGGCCCAGUGUGUAGAGUUUUACUACACAUACAAAAAACAAGUGAAAAUUGGUCGGAAUGGGACCUUAAUCUUUGGGGACAUUGAUGCCACUAAUGAGAAGUCUAUGAAAGAUGAAGCUGAGGUUGAUAUCAAGAGUUCCCAUAGGUUUGCACGUGUUCUUCCUCCCAGAAAGGAGAAUUACAGUGAGGAACAUACGCACGUGGAGGAGGUGUCUGAGAAGGAGGAAGAGUUGGAUGACAGGAAGAGCACAGUGCCUCCCAAGGCCACGCAGACACUACAAGCCAGUGAAGUGGUCAAUGAGAUCCUUAUUUCAAGAACCGAGGAGUCUAAUGCCCCAGGGGAAGCCAGCAGUAGGACUGUAAGGAAGCCUAAGGAGGCAGCAGUGAAGCCUCAAAAGACUCCUCCCCCAGUACAGAGGAGGAGACGGAAACCAAAGCCAAAACCAGACACACCCAGUAAAGCUCAGAACCAAGAGAACACGUUUCCAUGUAAAAAAUGUGGCAGGGUCUUCUACAAGGUGAAAAGCCGCAGUGCUCACAUGAAGAGCCACGCGGAACAGGAGAAGAAGGCAGCAGCAUUGAAACAGCGAGAGAAAGAGGAGGAGGCGGCGGCGGCGGCAGCAGCAGCAGCGCAGCGGGAGGAGAGCAGUGACGAGGGGAGCAGCAGCAGCAGUGACAGCAGUGGCAGUGGCAGCUCGGAUGAGAAUGGGGAGAUUUAG